CGUCUGAGUGUGCUGGUGUUUAACACUUAAUAUGGAAAUAUUGAUUGGUUUAUCAGACAAGCUAAACAAUUUGAUGAGAGGAAAAAAUGAGCUCAGACUCUUGGAUCUGAUGGCGGGCAUCUUAAUUGGAGUAUCUCCAAUUAUACAUUUAAUCAUUGUGAAAAAAGUUAACGUUCCGUAUGGUAGAUUUUCAUCUUCGAGUUGGGGAUUUCUAAUAAAUGUUCGAGUAGCCUGGUUUUUGCAGGAAAUCCCAGCAUUGACAAUUCCACUCUAUACCCUAUUUACAUCACCAACGGAUAUCACACCAGCAAGUUUAAUUUUAAUCGGGCUUUUCAUAUUCCACUAUGCACAUCGAACGCUUAUAUAUCCAUUCAAGAUUAGAGGUGGAAAACCAACACCAAUUUCCAUAGCCGUAUUAGCCUGUAUUUUCUGCACUUACAAUGGAUAUAUGCAGAGCAUGUUUCUGCUUCAUCAUUCUAACUAUUCAAUGGAUUGGAUAUACCAACCAAACUUCAUAAUUGGAAUAUGCUUGUUUGCAUGGGGUAUGAAGACCAAUAUGAUAUGCGACAGUAUUUUGCGGAACUUGAGAAAACCUGGGGAGACCGGGUAUAAAAUCCCCAAGGGUGACAUGUUCGAGUAUGUCUCUUGUGGCAAUCUUUUUGGUGAAACAGUGGAAUGGCUGGGCUUUGCUAUUGCAAGUUGGUCACUGCAGGCUGCUGCAUUUGCAGUCUUCGCUCUGUUAUAUCUGUCUGCAAGAAGUUAUACAAAUCAUCAAUGGUAUAUAAAGAAGUUUGAGGACUAUCCAAAGGAUCGUAAAAUAUUUAUACCGUACCUGAUUUAG